AUGGAUGGCUCGAUUAGGGAAUCUAGUAUUAUGCAUGCAGACGUGGUUACGCGUAAUGCUUUUAAUGAGGUGGUGGGCUGCUAUCAUUUUUCUGGAGGUCAUGGAGCUGCACUGGAGGCUGAGCUCUUCGCCAUUAUUAUUGCUAUGGAGACGGCGUAUCAGAUGGGUUGGUCUCACGUCUGGUUCGAGUCUGAUUCUUCCUUUGUGGUGAGCGUGCUUCAUUCUCGAGCUUCUAAUGUACCGUGGCGGUUUAAGGCGCGAUGGAAGCAAGCUCUUCUCUACGCUUCAUCGUAUACUUGCAAGAUUUUCCAUAUCUUUCAAGAGGGUAAUCGCGCGUUGGACUAUAUGGCCUCCACGCUCAUUGAGGAAGGCUUUUGGUCUUAUGUUAUCCAUGGUUUGCAGCCUAUUGUUGAAGAUGGCGUCCGGAAAUCUUAUGUGCGCAUGGUGUAG